UCCCGCCUUGGAGCCCAGAUCAAAAGCAUACGUUUUCGGAAAAAGCAGCUACAGAGAAAUAUUAUACAGUUACGCACAUGCGUUCGCGUCUGAUUCCAUUCCUUCCAAAGCAAAGGCACAAAAGAAGCAAGAUCAUAUGAGUGCUAUCAAUAGUGACGACAACUAAUUAAACACUGGCUUGGCACCUUGCGAGGAACUCCUCCAGAUCAGGGGGCUUGAAAUACCCAUACAUGAAGGAAAUUUUUAGGAAAAAUUGAAGAGAACAAACUGAUUUCUUUGCAAAGCUAACUGAAACAUCCUAGUUUCAUGAAAAAGAUGUCACAUUUCUACUUUACAUCUAAUGUUCUUGAACACCCAGUUGCAGAUUUGGUUUCCCCGUUAAGCACCUGUCAUCGGGAGAAUUAAGGCCAAGGUGCGAGACUGUGAUUGAAGAAUGUACUCUCUACUGAUUUUGUCAUGCGUUCUGAUUUGUUGUUCAAGACUACGUCUGUGGUGGUGGGUUUAGCUCGGAGUGGAAGAAUCUCUCAUGCACGCAAAUUGUUUGACGAAAUGCCAAUCAGAGAUUCUGUUGCUUGGAAUGCCAUGAUAAGUGGCUAUUCUCAAUUGGGACUUUACCACGAAGCUCUGUCUCUCUUCGGUGACAUGAGAGUCUCCCAUUCUAGACCAGAUAACUUUUCGUUCUCUGCAACGCUGAAUGCGUGUGCAGGCGCUUGCCAUCUUCAAACUGGAACAAGAAUUCAUGCUAUGAUUGUUGUUUCAGGGUACUCAUGUUAUCUUCCUGUAUGUAAUUCGCUGAUUGAUAUGUAUGGAAAGUGUUCGAGUCCUGACCAUGCAAGCAAAGUCUUUCAUGAGAUGAGCUAUAGGAAUGAGGUGACAUGGUGUUCGCUUUUGUUUGCAUGUGCAAAUUCCGGUCUGUUCAGCAUGGCCAAUGACCUGUUUCAUAGGAUGCCUAUAAGGGUUGAAAUUGCUUGGAAUAUAAUGAUUGUGGGAUAUGCUCAAGGUGGAAAAGUUGAAGCAUGCCUGGAUAUGUUUAAAAAAAUGUGCGAGAGUUUGUACCUUCCUGAUCAAUGCACUUUCAGUGCUCUCAUGAACGCUUGUGCUGGUUUAUCAGAUACUUUAUAUGGAUGCAUGAUUCAUAGUUUCAUUAUUAAAUCUGGCUGGACCUCGGCUGUAGAGGUAAGGAACUCAAUUUUGAGCUUUUACUCUAAAUUAGGUUGUCAUGAUGAUGUAAUAAAAGUACUUCGGUCCUUUGAAGUUGGUGUAUUCAAUCAAGUGUCCUGGAAUGCCAUCAUCGAUGCCCAUAUGAAAAUGGGAAAUACCCAGGAAGCUGUUCUUGCUUUCCAGAAAGCUCCUGAGAGGAAUAUUGUUUCUUGGACUUCUAUGAUUGCAGGGUAUACAAGAAAUGGUGAUGGAGAACAAGCUCUUCAUAUGUUUGCAGACAUGGUGAGAGAAUCAAUCCAGCUUGAUGAUCUAGUUGCUGGAGCAGUCCUUCAUGCGUGUGCUAGCUUAGCGUUGCUAGAACAUGGGAAAAUGAUCCAUAGUCGUGUAAUUCAGUCCGGCUUACACAAUUACGUCUAUGUUGACAAUAGCCUGGUUAAUAUGUAUGCUAAAUGUGGGGACAUCGAAAGUUCAAGGCUUGCAUUUUAUAGCAUUGUUGAGAAGGAUCUGAUCUCUUGGAACACAAUGUUGUUUGCACUGGGACUCCAUGGGAGAGCUAGUGAAGCUCUGUACAUUUAUCAAGAAAUGGUAGCAUCUGGUGUAAAACCAGACGAAGUAACCUUCAUAGGGAUUCUAAUGACUUGCAGCCACAUGGGGCUUAUAGACCAGGGCCUCAAGUUUUUUGAAUCAAUGAGGUUAGAUUAUGGGCUUCCCCAUGGAAUAGAUCAUGUAGCUUGCAUAAUAGACAUGCUUGGAAGAAGUGGGUAUGUUGCAGAAGCCAGAAACAUUGCUGAUAAGUAUUCAAAAACCAUCACUGAAAGGACCAACUCACAGGAAGUUCUGCUUGGUGCUUGUUAUUUUCAUGGAGAUAUAGGAACUGGGGGUGUUGUGGGAGAAGAUUUGAAGAAGUUAGAGCCAUUAAAAGAUGAUGCUUAUGUGUUAUUGUCAAAUUUGUAUAGUGCAAGUGGGAAGUGGAAGGAAGCAGAGAGGUUAAGGAAGGAAAUGGUGGAUCAAAGAGUGAAGAAAGUGCCUGGAAGUAGUUGGAUUGAAGUGAAAAAUAAGGUUGCUGCUUUUGUUUCUGGAAACAAUUCACAUCCUCAAAUGGGUGACAUAUGCAAGAUAGUUUACCUUCUUGAAUUGGAAAUGAGGCAUCCUUGCCCUGCUCAUUUUUAUUUUAUUGGACAUUCUCUGCGUGGAUACAUGUGA